GUGAAUAAAAUUUCAAAAUGAUUCUUCCUAUUUUUUUGUUAGUCUCUAUCAUAACAAAACAAAACCAAAAAAAAAUUAUAUACAUAACAAUAUCAUUUGGAGUGGGGACGUCGUCAUCUGAAGAUUAUAGAUAUAAAUAAAUAGAAAGAAAGAUGAAGUGAGAGAGAGUUUGAAAGAAAAGAAAGGAAGAAAAAAAGAAACAGAGAAAAAAAAAUGGUGAUAAAAAGGAUAGAGCUGUGUAUAGAGCUAAUGAAGAUAGGUAUGGAGUUCGUGGUGGUGGUGGCUGAAGCCGUCCAAAUUGUUAUGCGGCAAAACCUCAACCACCACCGUGCUCGUACACCUCCGCGUCUCAUCCGCCAUGGCCUCGUCCCUUAUCCCGCUUCUCACCCUUCUCCAUUCCUCUUUGGAUUUUUCCCUUGAAUAUUAAGAAACAUGAAAUUUUAUAUUCUGCUUCUUUCUCCUUUUCUUCUUCUUCUUUAUUACUUUUUUUUUUGUUUUGGUUGUAGAUAUAUAAUUAGGUGUUACUCUUGUUGAUUCUACUUUGUAAAAAUCAGAUUUGCAGCUUUCUAUUGAACUCUUUUUCUUUUCUUUCUUUUUUUUUCUGGAUUAAUAUCGUGUAAGCAAACAAUUUGCAGGAUAAAAAUAAAAAAUAACAAACCAAGUAAUACACGCAAUUGGGUUGAAGAAUAUUAAGACGUGCAGCGGAAACAGUUUGCCCCCUAAGCUAAGUCCAGGUUCAACCAAAAAAAUUGUUAAUGUUUUCAUAUGUUUCUUUCCUUAUGUACUUCUUCAUGGCAAUCUUGAUUAGUCUUGGGAGAUGCCUUGGUGUUCUGGGGUUUGAACCUGGACUUUUUCUUAUAUUUGGAAAGAAGAAGAAAUAAAACUGUAGAAACUGAACAUGGUUCGUUAAAUCGGUUAAUAUAUACUAUCCCAUUAUAUUC